AUGGCUCAACCCGGUGGCCACGGCGUUGUUGGAACCUGGCGAUGCACCGCGGUGCAGCCAACCACGAAGCACACCAGAUCAGAUCAGAGUUUAUAUCCACUUGCCUCGUGGCAGGCGCAGGAUAUCUCUGGUCAUGGCCGAGAUAGUCUCGACUUCUCGACCCGGGACAAGAUGCUCACUGGUCGCGCCGCACGAGACUCCUCCUCCCCAUUUAGUUCUAGUGCCAUGUUGCCUUGA